AUGUCAGUCGAGUCCUGCAGACGACGGCGAUCGUCGAUCUCGGAGCAGAUGCAUCGGGUUCUAUACCAUGAUCGGUCAGACAAGGUGGAACCCCUAACUAACAACCAUGGAGUGCCAUCAAGUCCUGACCAUCCGCAGAGACGACAGAGCUUCAACGUAAUUAGAAACAAUGAUGUGGUUCCCGAUCAACGGCCAGAACCCAUCGGUGACAUCUCCGCAAGGACACUCGUUGCAGAAUCAAGCAGAGCCCAACUCACUUCCCUAUUCACCACGGAACUCACAGUUCUUGUUAUCGCAAAUCCGACCAACUCAAUUCAACCUCUUGCAGUCGGCUUAGAGAACGAUGAGGGUCAAGACCAAACAACCAAAGAUAUCGACCAGUUCGGAAACAACAUCUGCGCGUCUCCAACCUGGAACAACAACACAGCCCGCAAAGAGAAGCGAGCCACGCGACACCUGGAAGCAGAAAGAAGAGAGCUCGAAAAAAGGCUACUACACCUAGAAGAAGCCCAAGCCCGACUGGAUAGUGGCAUCUACGACAGAAAUUCGCGCCGCUUGACAAAGAAGCACCCAUCCAGCAUGACCAAUGGAACACCAAGGUAUCGCACUGCAAACGAAAAUUCCGGGGAGGGAUCAUUUCGACGAAACCAUGAUGAACCAAACAAGACACGCAGCCGUUCAUCAUCUCUCAGUUCGUCCCGCUCCGAUUACGACACUGCCGAUGAAGCCGCCCCGGAUUCGCCCAUAUCACAUCCUUGCGCUGUGCAGACCCGGGCUCCUGACACCCAGUCACAAAGCCCUGCUCCCGGCACUUCUAUGAAGAAUGGAUACACGGUUAUCGAGCAUAGCGGCCUACUCUCUCCACUGAAUGGCCCUGUGAAUGUCCUGAGGCGGAAGCCCCUGAAAUUGCAACAAAAGGAUCAAGUUCUUGCCAAGAUCAUUUUCACCGGCUCUGCCACGGCGCUCAUCACCUCUUUCCCAACAACCUUAUGGGUUGCAAUGCUGCUGGUGUGGGCAUACCAUGAGUAA